UGCGUAUGACAAGCUCGCACGUUUUAGCCAAUCUCUCACGAACGAUACCGGCGCGUUUCCUACACUCGCUCUUCUCUCCUCCUCCUCCUCCCUUAUAUUACUUACCCUCGAACUACUUCGUAUCAACCUUUAGACAAACUCACUCGUCACACAUUCUACUCAUCGUUGUGUUCUGUGUUAUAUAUACACUACACACGCUUAUUAUAUAGUAAUAUAGAUAAAAUAUUAUUUCGAGUGAGUUUUCUCAAAGAUAUGAAUUUAUUUACAAGAGCAUCACCGAGGGAUAAGAAGUCCAAUCUUUAUUACAUAACCGUCAUAGGGCUCCUCUGCAUCGGUAGCUACCUUCUCGGAAUCUGGCGGACGUCAUCGGUCAUCCCACGCGCCGCCUUUGAUUACUCAAGCGGCCCACCGUGCGAGAAAUUCUCCAAAACCAUUUCCACCAGAGAUCUCGACUUCAACGCGCACCACAACCCUCACGAUCCACCUCCGGUGAAGGCAGCCGCCGUGUCUUUCCCGUCGUGCGGCGCUCAACUGAGCGAGCACACGCCGUGCGAAGACGCCAAGCGAUCGCUGAAGUUCCCUCGGAAGAGGUUGGAGUACAGGCAAAGGCAUUGUCCCGAGAGGGAGGAGGUUUUAAAGUGCCGUAUUCCGGCGCCGUACGGUUACAAGACGCCGUUCCGGUGGCCGGAGAGCCGCGACGUGGCGUGGUUCGCGAAUGUGCCUCACACGGAGCUUACGGUUGAGAAAAAGAACCAGAACUGGGUCCGGUACGAGAAUGAUCGGUUUUGGUUUCCUGGUGGCGGUACGAUGUUUCCAAGUGGUGCUGAUGCGUACAUUGACGAUAUCGGACGGUUGAUUGAUCUCAGUGACGGUUCGAUUCGUACAGCCAUUGAUACCGGUUGUGGGGUGGCUAGCUUUGGUGCAUAUCUUCUAUCAAGAAACAUCACAACAAUGUCAUUUGCUCCAAGAGACACACACGAAGCUCAAGUUCAGUUCGCACUUGAACGUGGCGUGCCGGCCAUGAUAGGAAUCAUGGCCACAAUCCGCUUACCAUACCCUUCUAGAGCCUUUGACUUAGCACAUUGCUCUCGUUGCCUUAUCCCUUGGGGACAAAACGGUGGGGUUUACUUGAUGGAGGUGGAUAGGGUUUUAAGACCAGGAGGGUACUGGAUACUGUCUGGACCGCCGAUUAAUUGGCAGAACCGUUGGAAAGGAUGGGAAAGGACGAUGGAUGAUUUAAACGCAGAGCAGACACAGAUCGAGCAGGUUGCGAGAAGCUUGUGUUGGAAGAAAGUUGUUCAGAGAGAUGAUCUUGCUAUCUGGCAAAAACCCUUUAACCACGUUCACUGUAAGAAAACCAGACAGGUUUUGAAGAAACUAAAGUUUUGUCGUCAUGAUCAAGAUCCCGACAUGGCCUGGUAUACGAAGAUGGAUUCUUGUUUGACGCCAUUACCUGAAGUUGAUGAGGCUGAGGAUCUCAAGACGGUGGCUGGAGGAAAGGUGGAGAAAUGGCCGGCGAGGUUAAACGCGGUUCCUCCGAGAAUAAACAACGGUGAUCUCAAGGAAAUCACACCGGAGGGUUUCUUGGGAGACACGAAACUGUGGAAACAGAGAGUUUCUUAUUACAAGACACUGGACUACCAGUUAGGCGAAACCGGGAGAUACAGAAACAUACUCGACAUGAACGCUUACGUCGGCGGAUUCGCGGCGGCUCUAGCAGAUGAACCGGUCUGGGUCAUGAACGUUGUCCCAGUCGAGGCUAAGCUCAACACUCUCGGUGUCAUUUACGAGCGUGGUCUAAUCGGAACGUAUCAAAACUGGUGUGAAGCGAUGUCAACGUAUCCAAGAACGUACGAUUUCAUCCAUGCGGAUUCGGUUUUCACGUUGUACCAAGAUAAGUGCGAACCGGAGGAUAUAUUAUUGGAGAUGGACCGGAUUCUUAGACCGGGUGGUGGUGUGAUUAUAAGAGAUGACGUGGACGUUUUGAUUAAGGUUAAGGAAUUAACCAAAGGGUUACAGUGGGAAGGUAGAAUUGCUGACCAUGAGAAAAGUCCUCAUGAGAGAGUGAAGAUUUACUACGCGGUGAAACAGUAUUGGACUGUCACUGCACCUGAGGAGGAAGAUAAAAACAGUACUAAAGCUCUCUCAUGAUUUUGAUUUUUGAGCUCUCUUCUUCUUCUUUUUUUCUUUUAAGUUCUUGUAAUGUUAUGUUUUUGAUUUUUUUAAAGCAAUAAUUUUUUGAUGAUUGUUGCCACAUUCUUAUCAUAUCAUAAAAGCAGUAGAAAUA